ACUCACCCAGAACCUCUACCCUCUGACACCAUGGUCAGCUCCUGUUGUGGCUCCCUCUGCCCUGAGCAGGGCUGUGGCCAGGAGACCUGCUGCCGCCCCAGCUGCUGCCAGCCCACCUGCUGCAGGACCACCUGCUGCCAACCCAGCGGCAGUGUGUCCAGCUGCUGCAGGCCCCAGUGCUGCCACUCUGUGUGCUGCCAGCCCACCCGCUGCCGCCCCAGCUGCUGCAGCUCUAGUUGCUAUCGCCCCAGCUGCUGCCAGACCACCUGCUGCCGCCCCUCCUGCUGUAUCUCCAGCUGCUGCCACCCCUCCUGCUGUGGUUCCAGCUGCUGCCGCCCCUCCUCCUGCAUCUCUAGCUGCUGCCACCCCAGCUGCUGCCAGACCACCUGCUGCCGCCCCAGCUACUGCAUUUCUAGUUGCUGCCGCCCCUCCUGCUGUAUCUCCAGCUGCUGUGGCCCCUCCUGCUGUGGUUCCAGCUGCUGCAGGCCCACAUCCUGCAUUUCUAGCUGCUGUCACCCCAGCUGUUGCCAGACCACCUGCUGCCGCCCUAUCUGCUCUAGCGGUUCUUGCUGCUGAGCGCCCUGUACUGUACCAUCAAUCAAACUUCUUGAUGUAGUCCAUCUGUGAGCUGAAUUAUGAGAGGCCAGUCGUAAAACCUCAGUUCCAGCUGAUUCUUAGACUGAGUUUGGCUUCCAAAUAUACUGCCCCCACCAUGUUAUUAUCUCUCUCCCAAGUGAACACAAAGUUUACAUUUUCUCUAAAAUCUGUCAACCAACGUAUCAUCCCAAUUGAUAUAUUUGUUCUGUGCCAGAUUUUCUCAUAUGGAGAUAUUCCCAAAUCUUAAAUAAAUCUUAAAUUUCCAGGCAUA